UUUUUCUUGUGCAUGAUCACAGUCUUAUAACGUACGUUUGAUUUUCGACUCUAAAUCAAUUCGUGUUGUACAAAGAUUUUCAAAUAAUGGGUCUUUCGAAGUUCCUUGCCAUAUUUUCUUUGUUAUUGCUGAGGAUAUUUCAUAUUGCUCUAAGUGAGUCAUGUUACCAAUUAACAGACGAUUCUGGAACUAUCUAUGAUGACACAAAAGCGUACAGUUACUUUUAUUGUUGGGAAAUAACUAUUCCGUCAAACAGUUAUGUACAACUCAGCAUGGAAUCAUUUUGGAACUCUAGAACGGAUUGCUCUUAUUCCAAAGUGGAAGUCUCUAUUGCAAAUUAUAGAAAUGAUACCUUCGUUUUCUGCCCAGGUGUGUCUCAGUGGCAACCGAUUUUAGCAUUUAACGAUGUCACGGUGACACAUUACAUAAAUUCAGGAAGUUACGUUACCAGCAAAUUUUCGAUGAAUUACCGACUAGAAAACUUCCUUUGCUAUCAGAGAAACGUCUUUAGAUGUUACGAUGGCGCAUGCGUUCCUUUCUCUCAAGUGUGCAAUGGAAUUGAAGACUGUCCUGACGGAAGCGACGAGGAGAGCUGCGAAACUGGAGUGGAUGCAAUCGCUGGAGUGGAUGACAGUAGACUAAAUGGAACGCGGUGGCUGAUGGAAAAGUGGUCGCCAACAUUAGGUUGGCAAGAGAACACUCACAGGGGAGUUAUAGCUUUGCACUUAGGAACCGAAAGAAAUGCUACAAUUAUGGACCUAAAAAGAAAACUAAUGGUGAAACAGUUGGAGGUCCAAACUCUUGCUUCUUUGUUAAGAAACGAUACGGAUCUACUAACCGCAAACCAACUAAGCAUGUUCGUUAAUGCCCUGACCAUCUCCUGCCAAAAUCCGCACAACUUCCAUGGCUUUGACUUGGUCAAAAUGCUGGAGGAAAAAGUUGAUAUUUCUUCUCUAACUACUCAACCAGUGGCUUACCUCGCCAUUUGCAAUGCCGGUGCUACCCUACCAGUUAAUGCGACCAGUGAUCUUUGCAGCAUUUUGAGCAGUAAUUCAGAAUAUCCGUUUCUUUUAGAUGUCCAAGCUGCAGCUGUCAUGGCUCUGUCAUGUAUACGAGCCAAUCAGCAGGACGACUCCAAUUCUUCCUCUCUCUAUACUGAUUAUGAAGAAGCCUUGAAAAAACUCAAGCAGCUUCAGCUUGAAGAUGGAAGUUUUGGAAAUAUCUAUACAACUGCAAUAGUCACACAAGCACUUUUAUCCGCUGGCGAGGAAAAGAGCAAAGAUUGGAAACUUGAGGCAGCAGUCAAUCAUUUAAUGAGAUAUUUGAAUUCGUCGAGUGUUGAUUUUUUGGCGACAUAUUUGAUUCUACCUAUUUUAAACGGCAAAAGCCUAUCGGAUAUUGGAAACAUUAACUGUUCUGUUGGUCUGCAGCAAGAAUCGAAUGGUGAUACAUUAUCUGAAGUGAAAAAUAAACUCGGACCCAAAAUGCGAGUCCAGUAUUCCCUCUACAUAGGCGACGAGAGGGAUAUAGUUCACACCAUAUCACUUCGAACACCUGCAAAUAUAACGGUGUUUGAGAUUAUGCAGCUGGCAGAAGAGGUGGAUCCCAAAUACAAAUUUCAAUGGAAAAAAAUGGGAGAAAAAUUGUACAUUUACGAUAUAGCCGGUAUUAUCAACGAUUUUGAAAACGGUCUGUUUUGGCUGCUUUACGUUGGAAAAGAUGCCAAUUCAAUAAAUCAAGCCACAGAAAGUCCAGACCAAGUGAUUGUAUAUGAUGGAGCCCAGAUAAUUAUGUGGUACAAGAAGACUCAUAUAUGAUUAUUUUAUCAAUACUAAUUUCAAUAUUGGUUUUUCAUCGUUAUUCGAAACAUUUAUGUAAUAUUUGCAAUAGAUUGUUUAAAUAUCGCUGGAGAUUUCAGCAUUUCAAUCAUAACUGUCAUUUUGUUCAGAAACAAAGGAGUGGAAAAUACGGAAUUGCAGACGAUUCUGCGUUUUUCAAAGUACUCAUAGACCCACAAAAGAGUAGAUAAACUUUU